UGUGACGUCACAUCCGUUGAGGAAGUGAAGCAGCACGGGGACGGUGAGGUGAGCAUGCUGAAGCUGCUGCAGGUGAGUUUCCGCCGCCAGGUGUGGAGGAGCGUCUGCUCCGCGGCGGCAGGUGAGGCCGCGGCGCGCGGAGCCGCGGCGGCCCACCGGGCCGAAGGCCGGACCUGCACCGUGGAUCCGAACCUGGACGAACAGUUCGUGUUCCUGGACUGUGCAGGACUGGAGGAGGAGCCUGACGAGGAGCAGCAGCUUCGCGUCGCCUCAAGUUCUGGUUCUGGGUCUGGUUCUGACCGGCGGGACCGGACCCGCCUGAGGGCGCUGGAGCGCCAGCUGCAGGUGCUGAGGGGCGGAGCCUCGCAGGGGGCGGGUCUAGACUCCUUCAUGGAGUUCCAUGAUGAGGACUUCCCGCUGGACGAGCGCCUCAUAAAGUCCCAGAAGAAGAAGAAGAGGAAAGGGGCGGAGCCUAAGGGCGAGCACCGCGUGUGUGGGACAGCGGACGCAGGCGUUGCGGUGAGCGACACCAGCUGCUCCGGCUGCGGCGCCCUGCUGCACUGCGCAGCCGCCGACCUGCCCGGCUUCCUGCCCAGCGAGAAGUUCAAGGCCCUGACGGCGGCGGGAAAACUGGGCGGAGCCACCUGCCAGCGCUGCCACCUGCUCACCCACCACCACAAGGCGCUGCACCUGCAGCUGAGCCGGGACCAGUACCGGGACGUGGUGCGGCGGGUCCGAACCCGGAAGGCGCUGGUGCUGCUGGUGGCGGAUCUGCUGGACCUGCCCGGCUCUCUGGUUCUGGACCUGCCGGACCUGGUGGGCACCAACAAGCAGGUGGUGGUUCUGGGCAACAAGGUGGACCUGCUGCCUGCCGACGCGCACUACCUGCAGCGCCUGAAGCGGCGCCUGGCACAGUGCUGCCGGGACGCCGGGUUCGGGCCGCAGGUGGCCGACCUCCACCUGAUCAGCGCCAAGACGGGCUUCGGGUUGGAGGCGCUGGUCUCCGCCCUGCAGCGCUCCUGGAGCUACAAGGGCGACGUCUUCCUGGUGGGCGGAGCCAACGCCGGCAAGUCCACGCUGUUCAACGCGCUGCUGGAGUCCGACUACUGCCGGUCCGCGGCCGCCGGCGCCCUGCGCAGGGCCACCAUCUCCCCCUGGCCCGGGACCACUCUGGAGCUCCUGAAGUUCCCCAUCACCAACCCGACUCCUUACCGCAUGUUCCGGCGCCAGAACCGCCUGAAGGAGGCGCUGCAGCAGACGGAGGCGGAGCUACCGGCCGACGAGCUGCGGCGGCUGCAGAGGCUCGGUCGCCAUGGAUACCUAGUGGGUCGGGUCGGUCAGACGUUCCGGUCCGGCGGAUCCAGAACCGAUGAGAUCCAGUUUGAUCCGGACAGCCUAGCGUUUGGCGAAGACGGAGGUUCACAGAAGGAAGCUGCCGUCGGGUCACAUGACGAGCCGAACGCCAACGAUCUGAAAGACGUUCACUGGCUGCACGACACGCCGGGAAUCCUGAGAGAGAGAGACAUCCUCCAUCUGCUGCAGGACCAGGAGGUCCGGUCGGUGGUUCCGACCCGGGCCAUCGUUCCCCGGACUUUUGUCCUGAAAGCCGGAAUGACUCUGUUUGUCGGAGCGCUGGCCCGGAUCGACUUCCUGCAGGGCAGGAAGUCCUGCUGGUUUUCUGUUCUGGCCUCCAGUCUGGUCCCAGUUCACGUCACCGGUCUGGAUAAAGCCGCCAGCGUCUACGAGCGACACGCUGGCCACGCCCUGCUGGGGGUGCCUGCAGGCGGGUCGGAGAGGAUGCGGCGCUUUCCUGCGUUGGUUCCUCAGGACUUCAGCCUGGAGGGUCGAGGUUACCUGGAGGCCGCCGCCGACAUCACGCUGUCGUCAGCAGGUUGGGUCGCCGUGACGGCGUUGUCCGGGGAGCGGGUGGAGCUGCGGGUUCACGGCCCGGAGGCGGCCGGCUUCGGCCUGCGGACGCCGCCGCUGCUGCCUCACGUCGCCUCGCUGAAAGGAGAGCGGCUCCGAAAGUCGGCCGCCUACAAACCGCCGAGGGCCGGCGGCCAGAUCCACGGCCUGAAGCCCAGCAGGACCUGAGGCCGACGCACCUGGACAGGGGGGGCGGGGCCGGGGCUGGGCCCGCCUUCCCUGUCACCGUGGUGACGGAGGCUGAUGAGACUGAACAAAGACGGACUGACGGGAAUUUUACCGCUGCUGAUACCGGAGCGGGUCAGCGGUUCUGAUACCGGAGCGGGUCAGCGGUUCUGAUCCCUACGUGUGUUUAGUAAAAUGAGUCGGAAUCAGACAGAGUGAGGUCUUUACUGUUCACAGCUUCAUACAGGCCCGGUUCUGAUGGACCCGGAUCAUGUGACCCAGUAACCUGGGUCGAGACAUCAGAAUCAGAACUAGCAGCCCAAACAAACCAACGUUUCUGCUGUUUUUAUUAAGUUACAAACUGCAGCAACUUGGAGCCGUUCAGCCGUUCUACCAGAACCCACCCGACCCAGAAAAUCCAAACAGAACCCAUAACAGUCAAACAUCUGAUGUUUGUC